GAAGGUGGCAACAGUAGAUCGCCGGAAACAUUUCUCUUCUGCCUGCGCAGAAGUUCGGCAAAGCCCCCAGAACGCAUGGCAGAGCCGGAAAACAGGCGGGCCAAGGACGAGAGGCGUUGGCCAGGCCCCGAUGACCAUCCACCCAACACCCAGAUUCGCAAGGAUCAGCCACGGCCACCAACCCAAAAGACACAUCGUGACCAUGACAAGAACCAAUGGCCGGAUCGUCGUCCUCCGGCAUCUCAAAAGCCUUCGAACAGGGGAAUACCUCUGCCGCAAAUAGUAGUGGCUGGCAAAUACCGCCUAAUAAGUCGCAUUGGAAAGGGUUCCUUCGGGGAACUCUACCGCGCCGAAGGCCUCAAGUACGGCGAGAAGGUGGCCAUAAAACUGGAGGACGCCGCUGUGAAGUACCCGCUGCUGUACCGCGAGGCCAGGAUCUAUGAGGUCCUGCGCGGUGGUGUGGGAAUCCCCCACGUCCGGCACUUCGGCACCGAGGGGGUGUACAACGUGAUGGUGAUGGACCUGCUGGGUCCGACCCUGGAGGAUCUCCUCAACCUGUGCGCGCGCUCCUUCACCCUGAAGACCACCCUGAUGCUGGCCGACCAGAUCCUGGUCCGCGUGGAGCUCCUGCACCGCAAGUGCUUCCUCCACCGGGACAUCAAGCCGGACAACUUCCUGAUGGGCCUGGGUCGCUACCGCACCCAGGUGUUCAUGAUCGACUUCGGGCUGGCCAAGAAAUACUACAGCCUGCGGGCCAAGAUGCACAUCGGCUAUGCGGAGGACAGGGACCUGGUGGGCACGGCCCGAUACGCCAGUGUGCGGGCCCACUACGCGGAGCAGGGUCGUCGGGAUGACCUGGAGUCCGUGGGCUACUUGCUGCUCUACUUCCAGCGGGGACGGCUGCCCUGGCAGGGCAUCCGGGCACAGUCGCAGGCCCAGAAGUACGAGAAAAUAGCCGAGUGCAAGGCCAAUCUUUCGCUGCAAACCCUCUGCUCCGGCCUGCCCAUCGAGUUCUACCUGUACCUGAAGUACUGCCGCAAGCUGCACUUUGCCGACAAUCCGGACUAUGUGUAUCUGCGUCAGCUCUUCAAGGUGCUCUUUCGAAACCAGCUUUUCUUGUAUGAUUUCCUGUACGACUGGGAUGUUCUGCACGAAAAGCAAGGCGGUCGAAGGGAGAAGGUCGGGGAUAAGGAAAGGGAUGAUGGUAUUGAAAGGAAUCGUAACAAGGCCCUCGAUUCGGGGCAGGAGCCGAUUGAAAAUGCGAAUAGGGGUCUCGAUCGAAACCGAGAUCAAGGAAAGGACGAUGAGCCCGAGAAGAAGGUCUGCUCCUGCAGUUACCACCUCCACAAGAAGCGCCUCCGCGAUCGGGAACGAGAUCGAAAGAUGGUGCUGCAGACCGAGCGAAGGAUUCACCCAGAGGAGCCGAAGGAUCCCCACCGCAGGCAGCCCUGCCUUUGAUAUUACGCUGUUUGUAAAAGUCUCUGCGUGUUAAUUAACUGCCGAGCAACUAUAUUUAGCAUGACCUAACCA